AUGCACUUGUUAAACAUUGGUGGAAGAUUUCCUGGAAAUAAAAACACUUCCACUUUCACCACACAAAUUGCAGACAUAAUUAAUGAUGCACUUAAUAAAUGGUUCCCUCCAAAUAAUGGAGUGACCGUCAUAGCAGAGCCUGGUAGAUAUUUUGUGGCUUCAGCAUUUACACUCUCAACAAAAAUCCAUUCCAUUAAAAACCGUUCAAAUGAUGAAAGGCAUAUCAUGUAUUUCAUUAACGAUGUAGUGUAUGGUUCUUUCAAUAGUAUUCUUUAUGAUCAUACGGUUGAUUAUUCAAGUACUCGUCCAAUUUAUGAGAGUUCCAUCUGUGGUCCUACUUGUCAUGGCUUAGAUAAAGUAGUUGUUUUUGCGAACAUGCCACUGCUGGGAUUGGGUGAUUGGAUUACUUUUGAAGAUAUGGGAGCUUAUACAAUACCUGCAGCUAGCACAUUUAAUGGAUUCUCCCUUCCUAAGGUCUUUUCUAUCGCCAAACAAAGAAUUUGGUUAGUUUUAAGCAUGGGCGGAUAG